AUGGAGGUAAGGGAGGCUUGUCGCCUACUUGGAGUCGAGCUGGUAAGCUGCAACUCGAACAAUGGUCUUGUUGUCGUAAGAUGCCAGCUGCUGAUGGUAUGCUGCUGCUCGAACAAUGGUCUUCUUGCUAUGGUAAGACGUGAGCUGCUGCUGGUAAGCUGCAACUCGAACAAUGACCUUCUUAUUGUAGCAAGAUGUGAGCUAUUGCUGGUAAGCUGCAACUCGAACAAUGACCUUUUCUCGUUCCUCUUUGAGCAUAUCAAGGUUGACUUUCAUCUGCUUGCAGUUUUGGUCAAGACUGCCCACCUCGAUGCUCAUGGAAGGGACUGUGAUGUGUGGGGGAAUGAUUGCUUCUGUCCCAUAGGCCAGUGA